AAAAUCAAUAACCGCCAUAUGAGAGGGGAAAAUUACAAGCACAAGUGUACUUGAUUGUGUGUGAAAUUUAUUAUGCUAUAUCAAACUUGAAUAAUAAUUAACCUGAUUUGGUAGCCCUAAUGCGUCAGAGGGUGUUAAAUUCUAUUAUUUAAGAGCGACAGAUGAUGUUAUUGUCCAGACAGUUCUAAGUUAGUCGGCAGGAAAGGACUGAGGCUAGGCGUUCUUGACAAUGACUCGAAAAUAUUUAUAUCAAGUUCUGUCUGUGAUAUGUAUAUUGCGGUAUGGAAGUUGCUACGGACAUGAAUCUUGGAUGUCAGUUAUGUUUAUCAAUGAUUUUAUCGGUGAUGAUUUUUCCCAAGUACUUGCAGAAACCGAUACAUUCAGCCAAGAUUGGAUAAAAAAUGAUCUAAAAUCUGAUUUAAAUCUUAAUACACCAUGUGAGCAGACAGAAGUGUCUUUUGGAAGCAUAGAUGUCAAAGAAGGGGGAACAAAAUUGACACCAACACAAGUAAAGUUUGCACCUACAGUCAAAUGGACUGCGGAGAAAGAUCAAUUUUAUACCCUGUUAAUGAUGGACCUAGAUGCUCCUAGUCGGAAAAAUCCAACAUUUCGCGAAUGGUUUCACUGGGGCGUCAUCAAUAUCCCAGAGAAUAAUGUAAACGAAGGAGAAGUAAUCACCACAUACAUGGGAUCUACGCCUCCCAAAGGAACAGGCUUACACCGUUACGUCAUAUUGGUUUUCCAACAAUCGGACAAAAUAAAGUUUAUGGACGAGAAAAUAGGCCCAAAUGGCGGAUUCAGAGGAGGCCAAAGUGCAAAGAAGAUAGCCGAAAAAUACGGCCUCGGAUCACCAGUAGCUGGCACAUGGUUUGAAGCUGAAUGGGAAGGAUAGAAUCUACUACAGUUGCACUUGUAUAGUUAGUUCAAAAAGAGGCUGAGAAAGUUUUAAUUGGUUCUGGUCUUCGUAGCUAUAAAAUUUUUGUAGUACUUAAACAACACAUGGUGUAUUAUUAUUGAUUCUAUCGCGCAGAUAGCAAAACAUAUUACAAAGCUUCCACCAUUGUUGAAUAUUGCCGAAAAUUUACAUAGCCUACUUUUUCAAAUAGUUUAAAUAUAUUUUUGGUGUGUAUAAUAAAUAUAUCUAACACGAUUUUGCAUGGGUGCAAAUGUUCGUGAAUAUAAAUGUAUCUGGGUGCAAACGUGCGUAAUUUGUAUGGGGGUGCUAAAAUCUAAGGUACAAAUGUGUGGGUGCAAUUGCACAUGGGUGCGGAAUUGUGCGGCAGUACCUAUCCAAAACGGAUGCCGUGAUGGGGAAAGCGCCCCAGUCCUCAUAAGAAGUUCAAUUUGAAUAAUAUAAUUAUGUAUUAAUCUUUGUAAUUAUAAAGUGGAAUAUGCUGGUGUGAUCUU